ACGGCCGUGAUUAGAGUCCUGUUAUUAUUAUGCGUCAGUGCCGCGUUCGCCCUGCGCGCGUGCAGCAGUCUCACCGUCGUCGGCACCUUUGAUCAGUGAAACCGUCUUUUUUCUUUCUUCCCCCCGCUGAGUGAAAUGUGUCGGGACUGCUCGGGAUUCUGACAAUGGAGAUUGAAAAUAUCGUGGCCAACACGGUUCUCCUGAAGGCGAGGGAAGGUGGAGGAGGAAAGAGGAAUGGCCGCAGCAAGAAAUGGAAGGAGAUGCUUAAACUCCCGCACAUUAGCCAGUGUGAGGAGCUUCGCCGCACUAUCGAGUGGGACUUUACCAGUCUCUGUGACAAGCAGCCGAUUGGUCGUCUGUUAUUCCGUCAGUACUGUGAGACGAGGCCGGAGCUGAAGCGCUGCAUCGAGUUCAUGGAUGCUGUGGCCAUGUACCAGCUAGCCCCGGAUGAAAAGAGGCGGGACUGUGGACUGAAUGUUUUAGACACAUACUUUAAUAACGGGUCAGCGGCCCAUCUGCCCGACAUUCCCCAGGAUGUUAUUGCUCGGUGCCGGGAGAGAUUGGAGCAGAGUCCGUGUAAGGAGCUCUUCAACGACUGCAACAAAAUAGUUCGUGAUUAUCUGAGUGGAGCUCCAUUUUCUUCCUACCAGGAGUCCAUGUACUUCUCUCGCUUCCUGCAGUGGAAAUGGUUGGAAAGGCAACCAGUAACCAAAAAUACCUUCAGGCAUUACAGAGUACUAGGAAAAGGUGGAUUUGGCGAGGUUUGUGCCUGCCAAGUACGUGCCACCGGUAAAAUGUACGCCUGUAAAAAGCUGGAAAAGAAACGGGUGAAGAAAAGAAAAGGUGAAGCAAUGGCACUAAACGAAAAACGCAUUUUAGAAAAAGUUAACAGUAGUUUUGUAGUUAGUCUAGCAUAUGCCUACGAGACCAAGGAUGCGCUGUGCCUGGUGUUGACCCUAAUGAACGGUGGGGAUUUAAAGUUCCACAUCUACAACAUGGGAAACUCGGGCUUCGACGAGCAAAGGGCCAUUUUCUACGCCGCAGAGAUCUGCUGUGGGCUUGAGGAUCUGCACCGCGAGAGGAUAGUGUACAGAGACCUGAAGCCUGAAAAUAUCCUUUUGGAUGACCGUGGACACAUCAGAAUUUCUGACUUGGGCCUUGCUGUUCAAAUCCCUGAAGGGGAUACGAUACGAGGGAGAGUGGGGACCGUUGGAUACAUGGCUCCGGAGGUUAUCCAGAAUGAGAGCUACACCUUUAGCCCAGACUGGUGGGGGCUGGGCUGUCUGGUCUUUGAGAUGAUCCAAGGCCAGUCGCCCUUCCGCAAGCGCAAAGAGCGAGUCAAGCGGGAAGAGGUGGACAGACGAGUGCGAGAAGACCAGGAGGAGUACUCCGAUAAAUUCUCAGAGGAGGCAAAGGACAUCUGCAGACAGCUCCUGGCCAAGGACCCCAAGGAGAGGCUGGGUUGUCGGGGCUCCGGGGCCACAGAGGUCAAGCAGCACCCCAUCUUCAGAAACGUCAACUUCAAACGGCUAGAGGCCAACAUGUUGGAUCCUCCCUUCAUCCCAGAUCCUCGAGCCGUGUACUGUAAAGACGUCCUGGACAUCGAGCAGUUCUCCACAGUCAAAGGUGUGAACCUUGACCCGACAGAUGAUGACUUCUACCACAAGUUUGUCACAGGCAGUGUCUCCAUCCCGUGGCAGAACGAGAUGAUUGAGAUGGAGUGCUUCAAAGAAAUCAACAUCUAUGAGACAGACGGGAUGCUGUGCCCAGACCUGGACAUGAACCGGCCAAAUCCUCCUCCAAAGAGAGGCUUCUUCUACCGCCUGUUCAGAAGAGAGAUUUGUCUUAAGAGUGGUUACAGCGACGACGAGAUCGAAGAGCCUUCGAGACUUUAAACCACUCCCCUCCGCCCGCACCCCUCCGCCGCUGAUCUUCACCACAAACUCCAACCGAGCGAGAAACUUAGGAACUCAGUGAAUGUCGACCUGUAUUUAUGAGCUGUAUUAAAAGUGUAUUAUAACUAAAGAAAAAAGUAUGAGUUUAAAGAUUUUGUACAUUUGCACUUGAAUUUAUGUCUAGAUGUAUAUUUUCACUAAAGGUUGUAUUGUACAAAAAGCCAUAAAAGUACCACUUGAAUGCAUACAUGAUGUUUUUACAUCCUUUUGAAUCUUUUUCAUUUGGAAUGGGUAUGGAUAAGGUGUACUAAGGAGUUUAUUUUAAGAAGCACAGCACCAGUCAUCUUUUUUUAAAGUUUUUUUUAUUUUUUCUCCAUGUAGCAUAAAGCUUUCUUUCUUUUCUUCACAUGUGCCGUAUGUUUUGUCAGCGAUUUAGCCAGCAUCAUGUGUUUUAGCUUCAUUUGAUCCCAAACUCACACUUUGUCUCCAAAUACCCCAAGGCUCAAGUAAUUCCUUAAACAUGUAGGUC